AUUCUAUUUUAAAAUUAAAUUGUUGGUCGCCCCUCUACUAAGUUUUUGAGGACAAUUUAGUAAUUGAAGGCAUUUUACAUUAAUUUAAACUUCUCGAACUACGCAGAAGGGCUCAUUACAAUACGGUAAUGGCAAGCCACCAGACCCAUGGUAUCCAACAACUGUUGACGGCAGAGAAAAGGGCAGCCGAAAAAGUUGCCGAGGCUAGAAAACGCAAAGUGAAGAGGAUCAAGCAAGCCAGAGACGAAGCAGCGGCUGAAAUUGAAGCUUAUCGUAAAGAAAGGGAGAGGCAGUUCCGAGAGUACGAGGCAAAGUAUAUGGGAUCCCGUGAGGACGUUGCCGUGAAAAUAGACAAGGACACUGAACAGGUCCUUAUAAAUCUGGAAAAGAGCGUUCAGGAUAACAAGGAAAAUCUUAUACUGGACCUGAUCGAAUUAGCCUGCGAUGUAAAUGCCAAUGUACAUCCCAAUUACUACAUCAUGAGGUACCAUCAAAAGAUAUAGAUUUAUUUGAGAAAUAUUUAGUAUAUUUAAUCACGUUUAAGUUAGUUUGUUGAAGCAUAUUCAUUAAAUAAAAAUUAUAGUCU